AUGGCGGUCCUGGCGACAUUACGACAACGCAGCGGGUUUCGUUAUCCCGAGGAUGGGAUCAAACUACGCAGAAUAUUUGGUUAUCCCGAAGACUCGGAUAAUGAUGAAGGGCGAGAGGAGCUUGAUGAAGAGGAACAGGAGCAAGUCAUCGACCAGCUGAAGCAUGAUAUCGAUGCGCGCAAUACCAUUUACCAAUUCAUUUUGGUUAUACUCUCCCUCUGCUCAAUACCAUUCUUUGUUCUAUCAGUUUUCACUGGAAAGGAUGCCACAGAGCGGACCUACUCUUUCAUCAGUGUCGUCUCGCUAUUGGGAUCCGGCCUCAUUAUUGCCAGAGGCCCCCUUUACCCUGAUAGAAAGGGAAAACAGCCCAUGAGGGUUGAGAAUAGAGACUUGAAAUGGCUCAUAGGGCCUAUAUUUGGCACUGUCAACUUAGUAUUGGCUUGCCUCCAUUUCUUUAUUGCUCGUGGUGCAACCAUGAUCAAGCCUGAGUUUUACCUGAUUCCAGGGAUCAUUUUUGCAGCAGUUCAACUCGCUCGGGGCAUUAUGCGCUCGGUGGAUGCCUCAACGCUCAAGGCACUUACAUACGCUUACAAAGGUGCCUGA